AAACACACAACCCAUUUUGUUAGUUGUUGUUGGGUUUUAGAGAUCAAUAAUAAAAGGAAUAGUAGUAGUAGUGAAAAAAUGGUUGUUGUUAUGGCCGGGGAAAAUGGAAAUGGGUCGUUGUCAAGGGCUAUGAACGCCAAGAUUAUGGGUUCGGGAAAUGAAGCCAUGGUUCUGGCUCAUGGGUUCGGAGCCAACCAGUCAUUAUGGGACAAAAUAGUUCCCAAGCUGAGCCAGGUGUAUCGAGUUGUUGUGUUUGAUUGGACCUUUUCUGGUUCCAUUAAGGAUCCAAAUUUGUUUGAUCCUAAAAAAUACUCUUCUUAUUCUGCUUUUGCUGAAGAUUUGAUAGCUUUGCUUGAUGAACUUGGCCUCACUUCCACUAUCUUCCUUGGCCACUCCAUGUCUGGCCUUAUUGGCUGCCUUGCUUACACUAAAAGACCUGACCUUUUUCGAUCUCUCAUUCUUCUUUCUUCUUCUCCCAGGUAUAUGAAUACAGAAGACUAUGAAGGUGGUUUCAACAAAUCGGACAUCGAUCAAAUCAUAGCAAAUAUUGAAUCCAACUAUGAAAAUUGGGCCACAAAUUUCGCUUCUCUGGUUGUCGACAAAGCUGAUCCUCAAUCACUGAGCAGGUUUCAGAAAUGCUUGAAAGAGAUGAGGCCUGAGGUUGCAGUGCCCUUGGCCAGGACUGUGUUCGGCGUAGAUGAAAGAGAUAUUCUUGAAAAGGUCGACAUUCCAUGCAUCAUCCUGCAAACAAAAAACGACAUUGUUGUCCCUGCCUCGGUUCCCAUCUAUAUGCAGAAGAAAAUCAAAGGAAGUUGCACAGUGCGAGUUAUUAACACUAAUGGACACUUCCCUCACUUAACUGCACACAUCGAGUUGCUUCAAGUUCUUGGUGAAGUCUUGGGCUUUUGACACUCAAUAGAUCUUUAGUGAAAUCUUGGGUUAGAAAAGAAAGUGAAUAAUGUUGAUGAAAUUAAGUGAAUAAUGUCAGUGUGAAGUGUAGUGUGCUUAUAUUACUGGGGGAGUUGAUGAAAUUAAGAUUGUUUUGCAUGUAAUGGGCUUUUACGUGUAAUUUUGUUGAGGUGUUUUCAUUCAAUAGAUGUACCAAAACUUAGUCUACUUAUUUUAUUCUCUACAGCCAAGUAAGAAAAGGCAGUUUGUUUGACUUCACAAAUAUAUCUAAUGAACAAGAAAGUUCUGCGAAAA